CCAGAUGCGCCGCCGAAACUCGGCGCGCAGGGCCUGCAGUCCAUAGCUGGGAAAGGUACUAACGGUUUAAACCACCAGUACAUUUCCCAGCCCUUAGUCUCCAACGCGCCUUGCGUGCUGCCACAACUUUCGGGGGUCAGGAGCCAGAGCAAAAUGGCUGGUGGCGCCAGGCAAAACGAGGCCGGCGCCGGUUCAUUUUUUCGGGGAGCGGAGGGUAUUUGCAGCCCUGGGCAAAAGCGGCUCAGAAGUACUACUGGCGGUUUAAGGACCCCCGACAGUGAGUGGCAUGCGGUUUGCUUUGCUAAGUCUGUUAUUGACAAACUUCAAAAGGGUGCGAAAUGUACGAGGGCUCUCCUCGUCAAACUGCAAGACGAGCUAGGACAACUGACAGCACAGGGGUUUACGGCGAACCACGACCGUUCCUCGCUGAAGGAACACAAGCAAGAAGUUCUCGUGCACUUGGCAGCGGAGAAGCUUCUGAAGCGUCGUCUCAAGAAGGCACUGGGCAUGUGCUUCACGGCACGCCAGAUUGUCGACAAAGGUCUAGAAGAAUACUGGAUUGCAAGACGCGAGGUCGCAGAGAACAUAAACCCUGUCGAUGGAAAGAGAGAUCUUCAAACUGCAAUCCUACAAAAUAUGAUAGAAGAGUUGAGAUUCUUGGCAGACGAAGCUGAAGCUACCAUCGCCUCUGUCUGUCCAGGCCGAUGUCGAUAUCUCAGAAGUAGAUGCCCCGAUACGGAAUCGCAUGAUGCGAAGGAAGACCUGGGCAGGAAGGAAGGAGGAAGAGGAGGGAUUGCACAUCAUUGUGUACCUCAGCAGAAUGCUGAGAAGGAAGCUGAGAUUAUAUGCAGCAAACGUAACCAAGGGUUCACAGAGGCAGCAGAACAAUUAUUGCAUUCCCUGACCGCCGAUGUGCAAUCUUCGGAGAAACGACAGCCUGAAGCCAGCACAGCCUCUAGUGAUCCUGGCCAGCAUAGACAUCAGUCACGUCACAGUGUGCCACUGAAUUACGUCAAUGACAGCAUUCAGAGGAGGGCAGGAAAUCAACAAGGCGGAGGAGGAGGAAGAAAAGGAGGAAGAGAAGGGGGGUGGCGAGAAGAAGACAGGGGAAGAGAAGGGGGAAGAGAAUGGGGAAGAGAAGGAGGAGGAGGAGGAGGAGGAGGAGGAGAAGGGAGAAGAGGAGGAGGAGGGGCCUGUCUCUUAUACACAUCUAGAUGUGUAUAAGAGACAGGAGAGAGAGAGAGAGAGAGAUGCUUGAGCUGAAUGUGUGAAGUAUACUCUUGUAAAUCCAGUUG